UGAAUUGCUUCCAGGGUCAGACAGAAGAGCAAUUUCUAAAGCCGUUCGUACCUUUCGUGCAUUCAUCUCUGAGCGAAGCAGCUGUCUCGUCAGACUAUCUUUCGCAUCCGUUCUGCUUUCGAGCUUGCCUCGUCUUCGUCAGGGCCAGGCAGGUUUGGGUUAGGCCGAUUACGUGAGCAAGACGCCAUGCAGGCCCCCACGGUUGAUGCGGAAUAUCUGAAGGAGAUUGAGUCGGUCAGGCGGGACUUGCGAGCGUUGAUUGCGGAGAAGAACUGCGCUCCUCUUAUGCUUCGCUUGGCGUUCCAUGAUGCUGGUACUUAUGACGCGAAGACAAGAAGCGGUGGCCCGAACGCGUCGAUUAGAAGCGAGUUGGAGUACACGCAUGGCGGGAACGCGGGGAUGAAGAUAGGCAUCGAUUUGCUUGAGCCGGUCAAGGCGAAGCAUCCACGAGUAUCAUACGCUGACAUAUACCAGCUUGCUGGCGUGGUAGCUGUCGAAAUUACUGGAGGCCCCGUCAUUCCCUUCAAGCCCGGCCGGAAGGACUCCCUGGCCGUGACUCCUGACGGCCGGCUGCCAGAUGCACAUAAGGGAUCUCAGCACCUAAGGGAGGUGUUUUACAGAAUGGGGUUCAACGAUCAAGAUAUAGUCGCAUUGAGCGGCUCACACACUCUGGGACGUGCUCACAAGGAUCGUUCAGGCUUCGAAGGAGCAUGGACGGAGCAACCACUGAAGUUUGACAACACUUACUACGUUGAGCUCAUGAAAGGAGAUGCUGCGGGACUGCUCAAGCUUCCCACAGACAAGUGCCUUGUAGAGGACCCCAAGCUCCGUCCAUUUGUUGAACUGUAUGCCAAGGAUGAGGAGGCGUUCUUUAGGGACUACACAGCAGCGCACAAGAAGAUGUCCGAGCUUGGCUGCAAGGACACUUCUCCAGCGUUCUGGGAAGCUGAGGCAGCAGCCAAGGAGACUGUUAGUGCGUCCACCAUCCUAGCCCAAAGCGCAUUUGGCUUUGUUGUCACUGCUGGAGUUCUCGUACUUGGGUACCUGUAUGAGCUGCGGCGGAAGGCCAAGUAAACUCCAGCAUUUUGUGAUGUCCUACGUUGUCACUACAUCGGGAACACUUUUCAGUUCUCCUGGAGAGCAUGGGUUAGCUACCUACCUGGUGUCUAAUCAGGGUUCAUGCAUUUGGUAUGUGGUAUGCACCCUUAUGUUGAUGCUUAUCAAGACAGGUGUAGCUGUUCCGAAUCCAUGUGUAAAACAUGGCACGUGGGCAUAAUAGCUUACUAAAGCACAUUCUUUCAU